AUGCCAUUCAGAAACUUGAUCGAGCAGUCCGUCGUUCUCUUUUGCACAAUCAAAUCAUUGCCUCAUUUGCAUCAAUUUAAGUUGCCGAAUACCGUUGGCUCUGCUGGAGAUGCCCAAGAACUAAGCGUUCCGCCUGAAAAUGGCACAGCGAAAGGAUACUUACGUGGAUCUACUUUGAACCGGGCCUCGAGGUUGUUGCCGAAUACCAUUGGCUCUGCUGGAGAUGCCCAAGAACUAAGCGUUCCGCCUGCAAAUGGCACAGCGAAAGGAGACUUAGGUGGAUCCACUUUGAACCGGGCCUCGAGGUUGUGUGUUAAUCUGGUGAAUUGUCUGAUGGUCAUUGAUGUGGAGAAAAGUUGUCUGCCGAAAUUGGGUCUCACUCAGUUGGAUUGCUGGAAGCCCGUCUACUCCAUUUUGAAGGUAGUCAGAGUAAUUGCUGUCCUUCAGUGCACCCUAACAACGUUGAAGAUUCUUUUUCUCAUUCCUGUUACAGCGAGCCAUACGGAACUACCAAAGCCUCCUUCUCCAUUUAACUUGCGCAUGCCUCACCGGUACCCAAUCGGCCAUGAUCCCUUACGUAAACGUCAAAGAAAAUGGCCAACGGAGGCGGGCAAUCGUGAGGAAAAGUGGUACAACAUGAUCAGGCUUCCAGUGGCGUGCAAUAAAACAAGCCAUUUGGCCUUUUUGAAUUGUUGCAAACAUUAUGGUAUCGUUCUCCGUUUCUGCAAUCUAAUGAGGGAGUGUCAUUCGGACAUAGUUGAUGACAUACUUUAUCACGCCUCCGUCAAGAAAUUACAGGAAAGUUACGAGACUGAGAGUCGCACCUAG